GUUGAGUCAACCAGUCAACGUUGAGCCACGUAGCUGUGCUAGUAUAAAUAGCUUGGCUGACGUAAACUUUUCAGUCUUGAAUGUUUAUUGAGAGUGUGUUGAAAUGAAAGGGUGAUCAAAAUUAUUCAGGUCUAAUGACCAUUUACCGGUUUAGAAAUAUUGGAUUUUACAAAUUUUGUCGGGAAUAUAAUUAGGAAAUAAUCAGUUUUAUUUAAAAGGAAUUUUAUCAGCAUCUAAAAUGAUCGAUAUCGACCAAAAGUCAAAGUAUUGUUCACAAUCACCACCACGACCAGAAAGUUUAAUGUUCGAAAGUAUAAUGACAAACUUGGAUAUGGAAUUGGCAGACUCGGAAAACAACAACGGCCCAUGCUCUAUGAAUAUCAGAACAAGAAAUAAAAAGAAGAAGAGGAGGGCUGCUGACAACUCUGUUAAAAAAUUUGAAGAUCUGUACACAGCAACUGGAGAAAUUCUUGGAAAUGGAGCAUGUGCUGCUGUUAAAACCUACAAAAAAAACACAACGAACAAAGAAUAUGCUGUCAAGGUUAUCGAAAAAGAUUUUACCAGAUCAAGAAAUAAAGUUUUUAAAGAAAUAGAGAUUUUCAGUAUUUGUCAAGGCCAGGAUAAUAUUUUACAACUAUUUGAAUACUUUGAAGAAGAGGACAGAUUUUAUUUGGUAUUUGAAAAGAUGAAAGGAGGAACAUUACUUGCCAAUAUUGAAAGAAGAGGCCACCUAUGUGAGAGAGAGGCUGCACUUGUAGUCAAACAGAUAGCCAUAGCUUUGAACUUUCUUCACCAAAAAGGCAUUGCACACAGAGAUCUCAAACCAGAUAACAUUCUAUGUGAGAGAACUGAUGAAGUAGUCCCAAUACGUAUCUGUGACUUUGAUUUGGCAAGUGGGGUACCAGGUAGCCAGACAGAAGACAAUUGUACAACACCAGAACUUCUUACACCUGUGGGUUCAGUUGAGUACAUGGCACCAGAAGUUGUUGAUGCUUGGGUUGGAGAAUCAUUCUCAUAUGAUAAGAAAUGUGACCUUUGGAGCUUAGGAAUUAUAUUGUAUAUUAUGUUAUGUGGUUAUCCUCCAUUCUAUGGACAAUGUGGUGGUGACUGUGGCUGGGAGAGAGGUGAAGCCUGUCAGUCAUGUCAAGAGACCUUGUUCACUAGAAUUCAGGAUGGCAUGUUUGAAUUCCCUGACAAUGAAUGGGGAGAUGUAUCCAACGAUGUCAAAGAUCUCAUUCAGAAAUUACUAGUCCGUGAACCGAGGAAGAGGCUGACAGCUUUGGAGGUUCUACAACAUCCUUGGAUCACAUGUCCUGCAGCACCUACCCCAUUGGCUACUCCUGGUAUUCUUACAAGAAACAACAGUACAAAAGAUCUGGAAUGUUUUGCUGGAGAAGCAGUCUCAAUCAACAGAAUGAUGCAGCAACAUCUUUUGAUUUCGGAGCCUCCCAAUUUCUUUAUUGGUGGGAGGGACGAUUUUGACUGUGAUGCAUAUGAAAGUGGUGAUGAUGAUGACAAGUUUAACAUACCAAGUUUCAAACUGUCUCCACCAAGUUCAGGACUGGCUAAAAGACGUACAAUGGCCAGGAAACCAAACAAUUUAAGUGAAAUCACUGAGGACAGUAGCGACAGUGGUUGUUCAUUGCCAAGCUCUCAUUCAUCUAGUUGUGGCAUAAGUAUUUGAGACAAAAGACCAAACUCAUUUGAUAUCAGUUAUUGUUCUGGUUGUGUUAUUUUUUGAGUGCUUAACUUGACAGAUUUUAUACAUGUAUUGAAUGUGUGUGCUAUUUUGUAUUUUGUCCAUUGUAAGAGUGUGUUGUGUAUGAAAGGGUUGAGUAUGGAUGUAGGAUUUGGUACAUUAUAUAUCAUGUAAAUACCACCUACAAAAAAAAUAAAAACAACACGAUCUUAUAGUGGAAAUCCAUUUUUAUAAAGAAAGAAAUUUUAUUUUUCCACGAUGAUAAGUAUAUUAUGUCAAUCUAAAACUAAGGGAGAUAAAUCCUAUCAAUACUUAUUUCUAGGUAUGUUUGUGUAUAGAAGAUCAAUAAUAUUUUGUUGAAAGGUUUAGUUUCAGGGAUACUCAUAACGUUAUGUUAACAUUGUCUUUCAAAAUAUGUGUAUGGUUGUGGACUUGAAAGUGCUAGAAUUUAAAUGAAGUGGGUCCAAAUAGAAUAACUGUACACAUUGGCAGUUCUAAUACAUGAGAGAUUAUACAUGUGUUUAUCAGUGAUAAAAAAAAAUAUGAUUGAAUGGCGAGUGAUUGAUGUGAGAUUGGACAUAAAAAUUGUGCCUGUCUUUUAUGUGAAAAUGUCUUUUAUGUUUUGUACUUUUUCAUGUUUUUCAUUUUUUAUACUUUUACAAUGUUGAAUUUUAGUGUAGAAAGCUGGUACAAAACCAUAAAAUGCCAUUACAGAGCAAAUUGUGAAAAUGUUAUCAACUUGUUGAAUUUAACUGCCAAAUUUGUUUGUGUUGCAAGUUUUAUUAACAGCUCAGUUGUUUUGAUGUUAUUUUCCUGUUCUGUUAAUUUUGUUUUUUAACUAAAAACUAUUAUUGUAGCCACAGCUUAUAAUUUUAUCAGUAUUAAAUGAUGACAAGAGAGCUUAUGGAAAUAAUACAUUCUCGUUCAGAAUAUAACAUUCCAGUCACCAUCAGAAGAAAUGUGUGUUUUGUUAAUUUUUAAUGUACAUAACUUCAUUCUAAGUCAUAUAAUUAAAGCAGUUGAAUUAUCUACAGCUCUAGGUGUAGUGAUGUCAAUAAGUAUUAAUAUCUCUAUUUGACAAUUGCAAUACACAUUUGAUGCUCAGCGAUACUUCAACUGCAUUUAACGAAAACUUGUUUUGUCAAAACAGGACUUGUGUGUGAGCUGCAUUUAUACUGGAAUGAAUAUAUAGGGCAUAUUGAAAAAAAUGUAAAUAUUACAAAAAAAUGUUCAUAAGCUUAUUCAUUUGGUGUCAUUUCAAUCGAUAAAACUAUUAUUUUUACUUUUUAAAGAAAAUUUUUGUCAUUUAGAAUGUAAAAAAAAUUGAAUAUUUCAUAUUUUGAUCAAAUAUAUUUAAAAUGAAAAGUACAGCACAAAAGUGUUUUUAAGAAAAAUCCUUAUUUAAAAGUGCAGCAUAAUAAUAGUUAACUUACUAAAAAAAAGAAAACUGAUUGUUCAACUAUGUCACAGAUCUCCAUUUUAUUUUUACGAACAAUCAGUUUUCUUUUAGAGGAAAUUUGUUAAAAAAUCAAAUAAUAUUGCUUAAAAUUGUCUAAUACCUCAAAAAAUGAAAACAUAUAUCAUGAUCAUCAAAUACAAGUCAUUCCAAUCAUUUCGAGGUAGGUACUCUGUGUACCUCAAAUUUUGUUAUUUAAAAAGUUAACCAUUGGCCUUCGAUCAGCGAGACAAUCGUUCUAUGGCCAUGUUGUAUAUUGGACAAGUGGUAUUUUAAUAACAGCAAAUACCGGCAAAAUGGAUAUGAGGGUCUUAUGGUUGGUUAUAUUAGAUCAAGAGGAGUGAAAUCCAAUAGAGUGUAUUUAUACAUUGUUAUGAACUUAAUGUAGAAACAUCAACUUAUGUACUUUUAGUCAGAUAAAUGGGGCAUUGAUAACAGUAGUGUAACAAUGUAUAAUUAUAAAGGCAAUGUGAACUGUGAUAACGCUGGGGGGGUUACCAGCAAAAGUUGGACUGGUAUAAUCAAAAAUAUAAACUUAGCCACAUGCCAGGCAGCCUACAUUCAUUGUUUUGAGUGUGACAUAUUCAUUCCCUUAACAUUCAUCAUAUCAUACAUGUAUAAAACAAAAAGUAAAAGUGUUCAAAUCCAUUCCAGUUCUAACCAUUGUUCCACUUGGCAUGUGGUUGUGUUUAUAUCUCUGAUUAUACAAAACUAUGUUUAAGGUGCUAUUUAUUUUUGAGAUGCAGAUUGCAUGUUAAAAUGUGAAGAAAUUUUAUUUUUAUUAUGCGAUAAGUUUUGCUGAGGCUUUGAACAUAUUGAAAUGGUGCAAUAUUCUGUAAUGAUAAUUUCUGGUGAAUAAUUACAUCUUUUAUUUUCGUGACCAUGAUCAAAAGUUUUAUAUAAGGGCCUUAAUACUAAUUCAAGCAAAAGUUUUAUUAAGUUUAUAAAAAUCUGAUUAAGAUUUUAAUUAGGUAUUGAAUUUAUGGUAAAAUAACAGUUUAGAUAGUUUGAUUUUAAACUAACAAUUUUCGGUUAUUUUACAAUGUUUUUAAAAUUUGAAGAUGUGUUAGAAUGAAAUAUAUCUGUCUAAUGUUACAUGUCUUCAGUGUUAUUUUUGGAUCACCAUCUUUUAUAACUUCUGCAAUAUAAUCUGUUUUGUUUGUCAAAUUGCAAUAUUUUCAAAAUAAAUGGUUACAAAUUUAUCUCGCUUUGUGUUGAAAAUGUGUUUCAAGGUCAGAAGUAGGGAAAAGUGAUCCUAAUGUUUGUCUCAGGGUUUGAUAUGGCCAUUAUAUGGUCUAGAAUUAUGUUUACGAAAGCAAGUAAAAUGUCUUAUUUUACAAUGUAUUGAUGAAGCAUUUCAGAAAUAAAGUUGAAAUAAAAUUUAAAAACAAUA